AUGUCACUCUUGCGGUCCUACAUCCUUCCGAGUCUUCGUCAACACUCUUUUGCAUUCGCGCUUCCCGCACCACGCACCUCGCAGCUUCGGUGCUUCUCCAACAAGCAAGUCCCUCCCGAACAGCUCCUCAAGUACCUGCGAUCCGGCUCAGCGCUCUCCGACAACAUGUCCGCCGUCAACGAGGCUGACCAGCAAAAGAUCGCCUCGCUCCAGGCCGAACGCGCCCAGCAGGAUGAAAAGGUACAGCAGCUGCGCGCUGCCAACACCGAGCAGUCGACACUUAAGGCCGAGAUUGGCAAGCUCAAGAAGCUCGAAGCCCAGCUGGCCGCCUUGGGCCUUGGCUCUUCCAAAGCUGGUUCGUCCAAGCAAGAGGUCAAGUUUACGCUCAAGACGCCCAAGGGUACACGCGACUGGGAGCCGCUCGCCAUGUCGGUUCGCAAGCGCAUCUUUUCGACCAUCGAAGACGUCUUCACCGCCCACGGCGCCGUCACCAUCGACACGCCCGUCUUUGAGCUCAAGGAGAUCCUCUCGGGCAAGUACGGCGAAGACUCGAAGCUCAUCUACGACCUCCAGGACCAAGGUGGUGAACUUUGCUCGCUUCGCUACGAUCUCACUGUGCCAUUUGCACGAUUCGUCGCCAUGAACCCGUCCGAGUACGGCAACAUCAAGCGCUACCACAUCGCCAAAGUAUACCGCCGCGACCAGCCCGCCAUGUCCAAGGGCCGAUUCCGCGAGUUCUACCAGUGCGAUCUCGACAUUGCCGGCGUCUACGACCCCAUGGUGCCAGACUCGGAAGUGCUCUGCACGCUCGUCGAGGCACUCGAUGCACUCGGAAUCGAGGGCUUCACCAUCAAGGUGAACCACAGGAAGAUCCUCGAUGGUCUGUUUGACAUCUGCGGUGUCCCCGCUGACAAGAUUCGCACCAUCAGCUCGGCGGUGGACAAGCUCGACAAGAGCCCCUGGGCCGAGGUCAAGCGCGAGAUGGUCGUGGACAAAGGUUUGGCCGAGGACGUGGCGAAUCGCAUUGGCGAGUACGUCAAGCUCAAGGGUGGGCGUGAUCUGUUGGCCAAGUUGAAGGCCGAUGCGGUGAUGACCAACCACCCGGUGGCCUCGCAGGGUGUCAAGGACAUGGAGCUGCUCUUUGACUAUUUGGACGUGUACGGCAUUUCGGAUCGCAUGAGCUUCGACCUCAGCCUCGCGAGAGGAUUGGACUACUACACGGGCCUCAUCUAUGAGGCGGUCACAGCUGCUUCUGCGCCUCCCGGAUUCAACGGAGGCGAGGGCGGCGUGGAGAAGGUGGCAGAGAAGAAGAGUAAGAAGGCCAAGAAAGGCGCAGACGGCGAGGACGAGGUGGACGAGUCCGCGGUCGGGGUGGGAUCCAUUGCGGCUGGUGGACGCUACGACAAUCUGGUGGGUAUGUUCUCGGGUUCCAAGAAGCCCGAUGCCGUGCCGUGUGUAGGCGUCUCGAUCGGCGUCGAGCGCGUGUUUGCCAUCAUGAUGCAGCGUCUCAAGGAGAAGGAGGUCAAGGGCGAACGCUCCACCGUGCGCGCCAAGGAGGUGGAUGUCUACGUCAUGUCCAUCGGCGGCGAGGGACUGCUCAAGGAGCGCAUGCAGGUGACCAAGAUGCUCUGGGAUGCCGGCAUCAAGGCCGAGUUUAUGCACAAGGCCAAACCCAAACUGCCCCAGCAGUUUGCUGUCGUCGACAAGGAGGCGAUUCCGUUUGCCGUGAUUCUGGCGCCCAACGAGUGGGGCGCCGGCGAAGUGAGGGUCAAGCAGCAGAAGGGCAAGGAGUCGGACGAGGGGCAGGGCCAGGGCCACGUGGUCAAAGUGGACCAGCUCAUCGAGUAUCUCAAGGGGCUCGGCGCGGGCAAGGGUGCUACGGCGCUGGGCGACCGUCAGAGCCUCAUUUGA